AUGAGCUCCGAGAGAAAGCGCACCACAAAACAAACCCAUUGGUCUGAUGUCCGGGACAAGAAGCCAAAAAUUGAGGAAUUGCCAGAGCCGGAAGCUGAGAGUCCGGAAAAAGCUCGCUUGAUCGAAUUCGUGGAAAAUGCUCUCAGGUCUUGGGGCCUGGGCAAGAAGCAAAAAGUUGAGGAAUUAUCAGAGUCGGAAGCUGAGAUUCCAGAAAAAGCUCCCUUGGUCGGAUUCGUGGAAAAUGCUCUUAGGUCUCCGGGCCUGGGCUCCGGGCCAAAAGUUGAGGAAUUAACAGAGUCGGAAGUUGAGAGUCUCAGGUCUCCGGUUCUCAGAGAAAGCCAGCUAUCUUUAGUUACUAAAAGCGGCGAUAAAUGUGAGUUGAUAACCAGAAAACAGCAUCAUCAAAUGCAUUUUCCAGUCAUCAUUGUGAGUAUGAUCGAUGAGGGUACCUUUGGGAAAGUGUACCGCGUAAUUGAUAAAAACGUACGUUCAAAACUGUUCUUUGACCAUUAUAUACCACAUUUUAGAAGAAGGCAUGGGCUUUGAGAGUGUCGAAGAAGUGCAAUGAUGUAGCAAUGUCGUAUGGUCGCGAACAGAGUGUGAGUUAACUAUUCUCAUCAUUAGUGUUAUAACGUGAUUUUCCAGAUGAUGGAGCUGAUUGGCACAGAAAACCACAAAAACUUGAUGCCGCUGUGCACUUUCGGCGAAGUCGCUACCAAAGUGGAGGGAUAUUCUCGAUGGAUGGUUCUCAUGCCACUGUUGGGACCUUCUAUCCGCGAUGUAAUGGAGGGGGCAGAAGAACGUACUGAGGGCUAUAUCCAUUCUUUCCCGGUCGAGGACAUAUUCACUAUUGGUAAACAACUUUUGGAAGCCUUGGAGGUUCUCGACAAGUUGAAAGUUGUUCAUUUGGAUCUGAAACCGGAAAACAUAAUUUUCAACAGUCCGCUUCUGGAUGUUAGAUUGAAAAAAUUCAAGGAGGACACUUGCCAUAUCGUGGUCAAGGACUUGCACAUCAAACUAGUGGACUACAGUAAAACAACCGUAUUGACCGAAGACGAGGAGCAAUUCGGAAUGGUUCAGACGCGAUACUACCGAGCUCCCGAAAUAUUCCUUGGUUAGUCGUGUUUUUGGAAAUAAUCUAUUAAUCAUUUGUUUUCAGGACUACCAUACAUAGAAACAACCGACAUAUGGUCAGUCGGCUGCAUACUUGCCGAGCUCUACACUGGCGAAAUUUUGUUCAAAGGGCCGAGAAGUCAACCGAACAGACCGGCGGAUAUCGUGCAGUUCUUCAUGAUGAUGGAUGUCCUUGAUAAGGAACCAUCGCUCGACCAGAUGGCCGAAGCGGAAAUUAUGCAGUAAGCAAUAUUCCUGGUAUCAAUAUGAAUAAUACUUUUGUUUUUAGGAGUCCAGAGUACUUGAGAAUAGUUGCUAAUCGCAGUUGGGAAGAUCAAGUGGGACCAUUCCCACUGCUCAAGGUGAGUUGAAAAGUGAUUGGCCGUUUUUAAAUUAUUUUGUUACAGGAAAACAUCCGUGAAGAUGACACCCAGGAAAAUGUAGAAUAUUUGUUCAUCGUCAUCGACUACUUACUCAACUUCGACGCAAAGCGCCGGCCUCCUGCCUACUAUGCAAAGAAAUACCUCUAA